AUGGGACCUCUCCCCCAAAACCAAAACCAGUCAAAACUGACCACCACCCUUUCCAUCACCUCACCCAUGAGGACUAUUAACCACCAUUAACCUCCCCCACCAAAACCAACCCAAACAUCCCCACCCUCGAACACACCAACCCCUCACUCCACCCCACAUCCCUGACCAACCGCAGUCCCAACUUGGUCCCAACCUGAAACCAGAUCCCAAAAUGCACAACCAUCUUAAACUCACCUCCCCCAAAACAGACCCUAAACCUCCCCCUCCCCCAAAACAGACCCCAAACCUCCCCCUCCCCCAAAACAGACCCUAAACCUCCCCCUCACCCCAAAACAGACCCCAAACCUCCCCCUCAUCCCAAAACGCUGCUAGACUCUCCUCCUGUUCCCACAGCUCCCCCAAUCCUCUCCCCCUCCUCCCCCCAUCUCUGACUGACGAGGGCUUCACCCUCCAGCUCUCCCAGGGUGCAUCUCUCUCUCCCAGCAGCCCUAGCGGUGGGCUGGCCAUCAUAGACGUGGCGAGCGACAGAACGCUGUUCUACACGUUUAUAGAGGAGUGGAGGAGGAAGGAGAGGUACUCCCUCGUUCCCGCCUGUGGAAUGACAGACGGGACACACGGAGGAGACGGCGGGAGAGGAGGAGACGGCGGGAGAGGAGGAGACGGCGGGAGAGGAGGAGACGGGGAGAGGAGGAGACGGCGGGAGAGGAGGAGACGCCGGGAGAGGAGGGUGGCAGCAGAGAGGUGACCAUAGACACUCACACCAGGGCUAGAACUUCCUGGCGGAGGCUGUAUUGAGUGGCUGUAAUGCAUGCCUCGUGCCCCAUGAUUAUGGAGACUAUAUUAUUUAUCCCAAACCAGAUUCAUUUCUGAAGUUGUUCAUUUGCUAUGUCGUUUAUUUAUCAUACACACAAAUAGCCUAGUUUGAUGUGAAUAUCAGUGAGAGCACGCAACUCCUCCAACAGCUGGUUGUGAUGAAGACUUCAACAGCUGGUUGAUUGAACUCUCCAACAGCUGGUUGAUGAACUCUUCCAACAGCUGGUUGAUGAAACUUCAACAGCUGGUUGAUGAAGAUUUCAACAGCUGGUUGAUGAAGAUUUCAACAGCUGGUUGAUGAAGAUUUCAACAGCUGGUUGAUGAAGACUUCAACAGCUGGUUGAUGAACUCUUCAACAGCUGGUUGAUGAAGACUUCAACAGCUGGUUGAUGAAGACUUCAACAGCUGGUUGAUGAACUCUUCAACAGCUGGUUGAUGAACUCUUCAACAGCUGGUUGAUGAAGACUUCAACAGCUGGUUGAUGAACUCUUCAACAGCUGGUUGAUGAAGACUUCAACAGCUGGUUGAUGAAGACUUCAACAGCUGGUUGAUGAAGACUUCAACAGCUGGUGGAUGAACUCUUCAACAGCUGGUUGAUGAGCUCAACAGCUGGUUGAGACUCACAGUGGUGAUGAACUCUUCAACAGCUGGUUGAUGAAGACUUCAACAGCUGGUUGAUGAAGACUUCAACAGCUGGUUGAUGAAGACUUCAACAGCUGGUUGAUGAAGACUUCAACAGCUGGUUGAUGAAGACUUCAACAGCUGGUUGAUGAACUCUUCAACAGCUGGUUGAUGAACUUCAACAGCUGGUUGAUGAAGACUUCAACAGCUGGUUGAUGAAGACUUCAACAGCUGGUUGAUGAACUCUUCAACAGCUGGUUGAUGAAGAUUUCAACAGCUGGUUGAUGAACUCUUCAAACAGCUGGUUGAUGAAACUCUUCAACAGCUGGUUGAUGAAGACUUCAACAGCUGGUUGAUGAGACUUCAACAGCUGGUUGAUGAAGACUUCAACAGCUGGUUGAUGAACUCUUCAACAGCUGGUUGAUGAAGAUCUUCAACAGCUGGUUGAUGACUUCAACACGGUGAUAAGACUUCAACAGCUGGUUGAUGAAUCUUCAACAGCUGGUUCAACAGCUGGUUGAUGAAGACUUUCAACAGCUGGUUGAUGAAGACUUCAACAGCUGGUUGAUGAAGACUUCAACAGCUGGUUGAUGAAGACUUCAACAGCUGGUUGAUGAAGACUUCAACAGCUGGUUGAUGAAGACUUCAACAGCUGGUUGAUGAACUCUUCAACAGCUGGUUGAUGAAGACUUCAACAGCUGGUUGAUGAAUCUUCAAGCUGGUGAUGAACUCUCAACAGCUGGUUGAUGAAACUUCAACAGCUGGUUGAUGAAACUUCAACAGCUGGUUGAUGACACUUCACAGCGAACUUCAACAGCUGGUUGAUGAACUUCAACAGCUGGUUGAUGAAGACUUUCAACAGCUGGUUGAUGAACUCUUCAACAGCUGGUUGAUGAACUUCAACAGCUGGUUGAUGAAGACUUCAACAGCUGGUUGA